GCCCAAACAUCCCAUGUUAGGUGUGCGUUAUCCUUUCUAGUUUUCCAUAUUCUGCCAUUUUCUACAGAGAAAAAAAGUGUCAAGGACGGAAAAUAAAUAUCCAGUACAGUACUGAAACAAAAUAAAUUAAUAAUAAUACUGACACACAAACUUAUAAAACAACAAAUUGAAAUUGAAAAGUAACCCAUCGCCUUAAUAACUCCAAUAAUCGUCAAUUAGAGUCAAUUGCGUAGCAUUCUACUUCUCAAUCGACACAGGAUUUUUAACUGGCGGUCAGUCUUUGGGUAUUCUUUUUACUAGUACGAAUAUUUCAAUAUUACAUAUUUGUUUUUUUGAAAAUGCGAAUUAAAAGAGUGAUUUCUAUACUGAACGAUUUGGGUAGGGUCGAGUUGGAUCACGGCCAUCACCAUGGUGAGGAGUAUGAGAAUUCGGUGAGGAGUCACGUGAGCAAUGAGAUCAGAGAAAAAUGCAGAGACUUGAUCUACGACAACGAUACUCUGAGAAAAAUUGGGGAAAUUUUUUUGGAACACAUCAAACGGGGAUUGGGCAAAGCCACUCAUGACAAGGCUAUUGUUAAAUGUUUUCCAACUUAUGUGCAAGAUUUACCUGAUGGAACUGAGACUGGGAAGUUUCUCGCAUUGGAUUUGGGCGGUACCAACUUCCGAGUACUGCUGAUCGAACUCAGCGGCGAACACUUUGAGAUGAAAUCGAAAAUUUUCGCCAUUCCACAGCACAUCAUGCUCGGUUCGGGCGAACAAUUGUUCGAUCACAUCGCCGAGUGUCUGGCUUUGUUCGUCAAAGAAGAACAGGUCCAACAUGAAACUCUACCUUUAGGCUUCACCUUCAGUUUCCCAUUGUCGCAAAAAGGCCUGACCAUCGGCAUCCUGGAAAGGUGGACCAAAGGCUUCAAUUGCUCCAACGUGGUAGGAAACGAUGUCGUGCAAAUGUUGAACGAGGCCAUCGAAAGACGUGGGGACGUAAAAAUCGAGGUUUGCGCCAUCUUGAAUGAUACCACCGGCACCCUUAUGUCUUGCGCUUGGAAAAAUCACGAUUGUAGAAUUGGACUGAUUGUUGGUACUGGUAACAACGGCUGUUAUGUAGAAAAACAAGAAAACGCCGAACUAUUCGACGACGUCGACGUAGGAUCCGGCAAAGUAAUCAUCAAUCUGGAAAUGGGUGCCUUCGGAGACGACGGAGCCCUGGAUUUCGUCCGAACCGAGUACGAUCAAGACGUCGAUAAGAAUUCUAUUAAUCCAGGCAAACAAAUACAAGAAAAAAUGAUUUCGGGAAUGUACAUGGGCGAACUAGUGAGAUUAGCUUUAGAAAAAUUUACCAAAGAAGGGCUGUUGUUUGGCGGCAAAGGCUCCGAUAUGUUGUACGAACGCGGCAGGUUUUACACCAAAUAUGUGUCGGAAAUUGAAAGCGACGAACCUGGAAUGUUUACUAAUCAAAAGGAAAUUUUAGAGGAAUUAGGUCUUAAACAUGCAACCGAACAAGAUUACGUAAACGUCCGAUUCAUUUGCGAGUGUGUGAGUAGAAGAGCAGCUCAUUUGGCGUCCACGACCAUCACCACCCUCUUGCACAAAAUGGGCGAGAAAAAAGUGACGGUAGGAGUUGACGGGUCCGUUUACCGUUACCAUCCUCAUUUCCGUAACCUGAUGAUGGAGAAGAUUAGAGAGUUGUGUGAUCCCAGCAUUGAAUUUGACCUGAUGCUCUCCGAAGACGGUUCCGGUAGAGGUGCAGCCCUAGUAGCAGCAGUGGCGGCCCGUCAAAAGAAAAAAGCCCUAGCCACAUGAAUAUAGUAAAAUUUAGCCGUCUGUACAUACUAUAAUAAUAAUUUUAAAUAAUGAGAAAGGCCCAUAAAAAGUACGUGUGUUUUCAAUUAUUUUGUUCCUAAAUACAUUUAUAGAUUGUGACGUUUAGGGAAAAUUUGAACAUGCUAGCAACAGUGUAUUAAUUUAAUUUUCCCCAAAGUGAUAUUAGUGCUUAUACACACAAAAAAAAAAUCUCUUUAGAACAUUAUUUGGGCUCUAUAGUAGUUGAAAUUUUAUUAUUUUUGAAUAGGAUUUAUUGAAUAUUUUUUUAUAAAUAAUUUAUCAUUUAUCAUUGAAAAUUUUCUCUUGUUACUAAUUAAUAAGCAUUGGCCUUACUUAAUUGUCCUUUUGCUGUAUUAAUACUCUUUGUUUAUUUAUAGAUUUUGUGUAUUUUUUUUUUGUUUCAAAUUUGUGCAUUGUUUAUUAAUAUUUUUUAUUCAUUGACAUAUUUUUUUAACAACCAGACAUUAUUAAAUGAUGCACUGAAAUAAAGAAUAACUGCCGACAUUCUUAGGUAGUCAUUUUUAACAGUGUUGCCGUCUGUCCUCAAAAAGAUAUUUUUUUAAGUUGUUUUGAGUUUAUAAGAGAAAUAGUUACUUAAUUGAUUAUAAAUAAAUAAAUAAAUAGCUGAUAGAGGCAAAUGGUUUUUUAUAUUAAAAAAUGAAAACUUUAUUAUACUUAAUUGUCAUAUAUUGUUUGCCCAGCGGAUCUGAGUCUACGGAAGGAAUUCGGAAGUAAAUGUGCCAUGUUGCCACGUUUAUUUAUAAAAAAGCGAAAAUACUAGGGAUGAAGUAUAGUUAAUUUGAAAAUCCAUUUUUUAAUAACAAAAUAUUGAUACAAUAAUAAAACGCUAAAUAUUUUAACGUGGUUGUUAGAUCUAUCCUUAUUUUAAUCCUGAUUUCUUCAAUUUGGUCUAUUGUAAAAAAUAAACAUUUUCUAAAAAUACCAUCAGCUUUUGACAAUUUGGCAAGCAUCCGUCCUGGAUGAACCUGAUUGGUGGAGUUUUUGGCAGGAUCGCCGUUGUCAUGGGGAACCAUACGGUUGUCAAUGAGCUAACGUCACCUUACGUCUCGCUAUUGGCCAGGGCUCACGUCAUUUUAUCCUCCCAUCUUGGAAUAUCGAUUUAUAUUGAAAUAUCCAGUGGCGAAGAUUUGGUAAUUGCUGAUUUUCGUGUACGAGUUGCAAUACGAUAACACUUACAAAAAGUUCCGCACGCAGCUGGGUAUUUUAUGAAUGAAAUCAGCCAUUUUUUUUGACAACUGCAUUCCCCUUACCGUUGCCCCGUAGACACAGAUUCGCUGGGCAGACAUUAUUUAAUAAAAAGUUUAAAUUAU